GGACUGAAUCGCGGCAAACGAUCACCAUACAUCGCUGCCACUUACAAUCAGUAUCCGAAUUUACUGGUUUCCUCUGAACCGCCUAAUGCCUACAUGAAGUUAUGGCUCACAAAUGAACACAACAGAUUCAGGCGAGUGGUUCCGGCAACUGACAUGAGGAUGGUGUAUUGGUCAGAUGAGCUGGCUGCAUCAGCACAACGUCACGCGAAUCGGUGUGAUUUCAGGCAUAGCCAUGACCGCGUUAAUGUUGGUGAAAAUAUCUGGGCCGCACCAUUCGCCAACUAUUCAGAAGCCGUCGAACGUUGGUUCAAUGAGGUUUAUGAUUCAAAAUGUCAAUGCAAACACGCUUACAAGCACUGUUGCGGUCAUUAUGUUCAGAUGGUAUGGGCUAGAACCAAUCUGGUGGGAUGCGGCUAUGCGCAGUGUCGUGACGUUUUGGGCGUUGAAGGUCGAGGACACCGACACGUUUUUGUUUGUCACUAUAAUCCGCAGGGAAACACCGUUUUCGUUACCGGAAGCGGUCAAUUCUUCUCGGUACCAGCUUUCAAAUGGGCCGUUGACGACGAGAAACGAUGUAGCGAAUGCCCACCGGAAGCAUCCGCAUGCUACAAGGGACUUUGCUAUGCACCUUCGGCAGCUGAGGACGACUCAAGAAAUGAGCUGCUGAAAAUGAAACAGUGGAAAAUCGAGAAAUCAGUUGAUUCGAAGAUGAUCGAAAAAAAUUGGCGACGACUUUAA